CGGAAGUAAAUUGUAGCCAUUUUUAAAUCAGCGAUCAUGAGAUUAUUAUUAAUCGGUUGAUGGUUGAAUCGGGCAGGAAAAAAUCCCCAACGACCUGUCGUAUUUUUUUCUGAAAUUAACAAAAAUCCUCAUGAUGAACAGUUAAUGAUGUCUUCUGCUUCGGAAGAAUUAGUAGGCUUGCCGCCCGAGGUCAUAUGGGAGUACCAAUUUCGUCUGAUCCUUGUGGGCGAUUCGACGGUGGGCAAGUCGUCUCUGCUGCGGCGGUUCUGUGACGGUAAAUUCGUGGAGGUAUCGGAUCCCACGGUAGGGGUGGAUUUCUUCGCCAGGUUGAUCGAGGUGGCGCCAGGGAGGCGGGUGAAGUUGCAACUGUGGGAUACGGCCGGGCAGGAACGAUUCAGAUCAAUAACAACUUCGUAUUAUCGGAACUCUGUCGGUGUGCUGUUAGUGUAUGACAUUUCCAAUCGGCGCAGCUUUGAGAAUCUCCAGGAGUGGCUGCUAGAGGCCAAGGAGAAUGUGAGCAACCCGUGCAGCACCACGUAUAUGGUGAUCGGCCACAAGUCUGAUCUGGACGAUCGGCGGGAAGUGUACAAGGAGGAAGGGGAGAAGUUCGCCCAGGCCUACAACAUGAAGUUCAUCGAGACCUCGGCCAAGGCCUGCGUCAACGUGGAGGCUGCCUUCUCGGUCAUGGCCAAGGAGAUUUACGUCAAACUGAAGAACGGUGAAUUGGAGAUCAAGGAGGGGUGGGAUGGGAUCAAGGGGGGGUUCACAGCACCACGGGAGACGCUACGAUUGGAGGAGCCGCGGCAGGAUAAGAAGAUGUGCUGUGCAUGAUGAUUGUUAACGUGGUAGCAUCUGUCAAGCACUGGUUCAUGUUACUCCCCUCUUCCCCUCCCCCCCCACCGAUAUACGACAGAUUUAAGGAGAGCCAACGACAGCAAUAUUGUGAAAUUGUCACCCAGAUAUGAAGUCACACUCCCAUAGCACGUCUCCUAAAUUUUCUCUGGCAAUUUGACCAUUACUAUUGUAAUGUCAAAAUUUUAAAUCUAGCCUGCCAUUUUGAUAAUAGGCUUUUUCACGUCCUCUUGAGCUCUUUUUGUUCGUUUCAACAGUGCCUCAAGUUUCCUCCUCAUUGAUUCGUCCGUAAUCGGUGGAAUUGAAAUAGCAUUUAAAUUUGUGCAUCCGUCCAGAUUGCAUCUAUGUUUGCAAGAAGCUUUAUUUAUACUUUAGCUCUGAAUUACUAGCCUUUUAUGUCAAGAAAAUUUUUGAAAUAAACAUUUUUUGUCGUAUUAUGGGUCAAUUCACAGAUCAGAGUGUUUGGAUGGCAGAUUUCUAGUUAAGGUACAGUCAUUUGAAGGAAAAUUGAAAUCUGUUUUAGAGGAACCAACUGAAAUAAAUUUCAAACUAAUCACUUAUUUCGUCAAUAUUCUUGCUCCAAAGAAAAUAAUAAAUCAAAAAUAUACCACACACUGAUGAUAAAUGAAGUCAUUUACAUGCGAACGUAGGUCCCAAUAGAGGCUUUGCAUGGUAGCCAUAUUGCAGGGCAGUUCUUGUGUUCCUCAGGGAAGCCUCCUUUGUGCGUACCCUGUGGAACAAAAGCAUUGGCCUGCAAGGUGGCAGCCAUGCAAACUCUCUGUAUUGGUUGUUCAUGCAGACUAUUUAACGAGGGAAUAAAGGUGCUUGGCUGGUCUUAAACAUUUGUUUCACUGUAUAAGGAGAAUGAAUGCUGAUAAUGCCCACGCCGAAGGCCAGGGACAUUAUCAGCAUCUAGAUUCCUGAUUCCCAGCCCUAAAUAUCUUUGCAAGUCACAAAUUCGAAACGAGUUUUAAACAUUAUAAAAGUCCAAUGAUUGUGUUCAACAACUUUAUUUUCAAACACCGCUGUAGCAAUGUGAUGAUCUGUUCCUCUCACAAAUAACGAUAAAUUAUCUCCACCUGUGGAGCGUUGUGUGUCAGGUGGCACAAGGCCAGCCACUGCUUCAUCCAUCGUUUAAGACCAGCCAAUCGACACUCUCAACCAAUAGGAAUGGCUAACGUGUCUUAGUUAUGUAUGAUUAGUGCUAGUAAAAGCAUUCUUCAUGUUUAGAAUUCUAAUAGCAUGACAUGUCUGUAGACUAGGCGGUCAUGUUUGUUAACGGUAACAUGAACCAGUGCGUGCGUUGUACUUUAGGAUAUGAUGUAUACAUCGUACGUUACGUGUCUGUGGUGAGUGUCCAUUGUCAGUGUCAAUGCGGUCAGAGCGUUACAGAGAAAAAAAAAAUCGAGAAUUAUUCAGUAAAUUGCUACAAAGAUGAAAUACUGUGUGUAAAUAUUGUGGAAAUCAUUGCUUGGUGGUAUCACGUGCUGAGCAAAUAGUAGGACCUUUAUGAGUAACUUGGGGAAGACCUAGUCUCUCAAGUCGGCAUUGUCAGCACUUGAAGUCUGAAAUGGUUGACAAAUAUCCGACAACUGGGGCGUGAUUUGGUGACCCCUAACCAGAAACUUGUUUGUGACGUCGGGGCAGUAACCAGGAUCAUGUUAAGGGUGGCCCAUAAAAACAAAAAAAACAGAAACGGUUACGUCAUCUGACGGAGGCAAGCGCGGGGAAGCAGAUGACACUGUGGAUGGACAUCAUUUUUACUCAAUAUUUGGCGUGUUUCUCAUCCUGCUCUCUCUUUUCACGUAUGUUCUCGGAGAAAAUAUCUCUCUGAUUCGCUGCAUCCAACAAGUGAUUUCUUAAUGUAUAAUUCACUCAUUUGAGCAGCGACGAAAAUUGUCCGUUUAUUUUCGGCCAUUUUGAACUGGCACUAAACCGACUCCGACCGUCGGUUCUCGUUCCGUCCAAACAAUGACAUCACAGAGGCAUAACAAGGUCACCAAAAUGUUUAGCCAGUGACCAAUGCUGAAACAAGAUGAUGGUUUGGGUGGCCGAAACACGCCCCUAUUUAUGGCACACUCUCGCUCUUGCAUCUCUACCACCAUUGCUUUAGGGUUAAAUAUCCCAGUUUUGGUCAAGUACAAGCUAUGUUGCUUCAGGUGUCUGUAACAGUGUUGGCAGGGCUGCCAAACUCCUGUGCAUUCAGUGUGAGACUGUCACAUUUCCAGUUGGAAAUUCUCACUAUGUCACGCCCAUAUGGGAAUUCUCAUACUAACAAUGCAAAGCUAACACAGUCCAAAAUGAGUGAUUUGCUCAUUUCGAUAUCCUGUGUUUACAAGGCAGUGAGAACUUUUUCUCUUUUGAAAAACGAAUAACUAGACAUAUAUCAGAGGCCGUGUGGCUUGUGUCUGGUACCAAUUGGACACUAAAUGGUGUCUGAAACUGGCUUUCAGAGCUGCAGCUUUUCCUAUUCUCGCGCUCAACUCUCACGCUCAACUCUGACGCAGUGUCGGCAGCCUUUGUUGGAUAUCAGUUGUGAUGUACCCUGCCUGAAUAAACUGGCUGUGGCUAAGCCAGCAUGCACAUACAUGUAUCAGUGGCAAGUGGUUGGAGCCACUAGCUAGUGGCUUCCAAGGGCAUGCAUUGCCUUCUUAUUGGAAGCUGUAGCCUCAUAACCGGACACAAAUAACCAAUGACAAAGUGCUGAGCUAAAAUGAAAUAAAUCAGCUUUUACUCGUCAUUCAUGUUCGCAGCGUAGAAAGGUUUGAAAUUUAUUGGCUUUUGUGAAGCCUAUCGUGUCAAGAAAAUGGGAUGACUACGGAUCAUUUCUUUAUGUAUUUCUUGCCUCAUAUGGGGAAAAGCAGGUAUCGAUUCAAUUUACAUCCUACAAGCAUGUCAUGCCAAGUUGUAGUGGUCACAGAGUACUUGUAACCAAGUAAAGUACAACAGUGUGAAUAAUCAGUAUAAGUAUAAAUAAGUAUUUAUUUUUCACAAGUGUUGCACACAUCCAGAGCACCUGUACAUCAUUAUACCAUAUUUAUAUCAUAGUGUAUUACAUAAACCGAACACUUUAAUUGGCCUAAAUUGAAAGAGAAAAAGCAUUGCUUGAAUUUUAUUGUUUGGGGUUAAAUCUAUGCAAUUUUACUUGUUUGGGAUUAUUUUUGUUCCUUUUUGCUCAUCACACACUCAAAAUUAGACCAGAAAGUUCGACUGUCUUGAAUGACAUUAAUGUAUGCACAGUAUUUUGAAGUGUACAUAUUUGAAUAUUUUACUCGCACGAACAUUCCUCCAAAGUGUGUGUUUGGGGACGUUGGAGGUGAAUCGAAAUACCAAUUAUGCUGCUCAGGUUUAUUGCCAAAUCCCUAGUAUCUUGGACAGAAUCAAUAGUGUCGUGAUAAUUUCAGUAAAGUUAGGCAUAUUGUAGAGAAGGGACAAAUCAACAUGAAAAGGGCAUGAUGCAAUUCAGAUAAAUUUUUUGUAGCGGGAAAACUGUGUUGUAUUUACAACUCAAUUGAUGUGUAAAUGCACAUUGAAUAUUCAUCCAGUCCUUUUUCUCUCAGUGUUAAGAAAGCACCAUGGCAUGGCUGUUUAAUUCUUAAUAGUUUCUUGAAAUCAUAAUGAACCCCCCCCCGACUGUUUUUGUUAGACAGUUGCUUAACAGUAAACUUUGAGGUUCCGUUAGGGUAUUGCAUUGUUUUUUGGGGGGGGGUUUCUAUUGCUCCAAGCAUUGCAGUAUGGAUGUUGUUUAUUGUCACACUGGUUCUCAGUGGGAAUGGGGGAAAUGUCACAUGGUCUCUAAGGGAUUUCAUGAGGCGUUUUCCUAGGUGCUUUUAGAGCAAAGUCUGCGAUAUGUGAGGCGACUGGGUACCUUGCUCUUCCGUGUACAUUGUACAUUAUGUUUGCAGCGGCACAGGCUAAAGAUGGAAACAUUUCAGUUAUACAUUGAUCGUGAGGGGAUUUUGUUGGAAGCCAUGCAGAUUUUUCAUCCACAUCUUUGUGAGUAUUGUCCCACUAUUGUCCCACGUGCACACUAGCGGUGUUGAUUCCGGACUUCUUUGGUUGAAAUUGGUAGCUGAAUUGUAUUCAGGAGGAAUGAAACUGUACCGUGCAGCGUGCACAUGCCUUAGGAUGAAUGUAGCUACAUACAGUGUGCGCAAAAUUGUCAAGCAAUGCUGCAUAGCUUGGAGAUGCUUAUUUGUCAAGGGUUUGGAAGUCUAAACAGUGACUGUGCUAGAGCCACAUGUACACAAACGCUCUACAUUCCUUGCGGUGCUUUGGGGGCGGUGAAUGACUUGUGCAGUAACUGGAGUCUGGCAGGGUACACUGUUUAUUCCGUUUAAGGGUAAAAGUGACGGAAGGUCAGUGUGACAUCGGAAAAAUUAUGUCUUUCAUGUCCUUGAUUUUUGGGGGGAAGAUAUGUGGGGCAGGUUUCCAUUUGUCAAAUGUUGCUUUGCUUGUGUGCUACUUUGUAAUUGUGCCAUGACUGGAGUGGGCAUGGGGGAAAGGAAAACAGGUGUAGGCCAUUUAGAAUUUGCACAUAUGACAGAUAAUUCAACAGUACAAAUGUACAAGUUUGAUUCAGAUUACAGUGAAUUUCAGUGAGGUACUCCGAAGGCCCAACAGUUUUCUGUUUAUCAGCAACUUGAGUGUAAAUUACAUUUUUCAGUAAAAAAGCAAUUGGAAUGACCAACUUUAGGCUCAAAGUGAAUGUUAUUGUCAAGAUAAGGUCAGUGUUGUUUGCUGAUUUUAUUUAUUUUAUUUUUUUUCUUUAAACCAUUCGAGGUAGCUAAAUUUUCUACGCAGAACAUAUUGCCUCAUUAUUUUUGCACGGAUCAAAGGAUAAAGUUGUGCAUUUUCAAACUUUGGGCCAAGGAAUCUAAUUGUCUUCAUGAUAAUGCAAAAAUCAGAUGUGAACUGCAACGAUGUAAGCUCUUUCCACUGAACUAAAAGCCGAGUGUUUCUGAGUUAAACAAGACUUGCAAAUGCAGGGGUAAAAAAAAAGUGGAAAUGAAAAUCAAGUGAUGAGUAGUCCUGUGUUGUGAAUUGUCUUGUAAAAAAAAUAUGAAAUAAUCUGGUGUAUACAUUUCAAUGUUUAUUAAAUUCCACUCAUUAUUUAACAUGUAUAUAUUCAGAAUAAAUGUUCAAUAUAGAGAA